AUGGAUCAUCUCCUUACCGCCAUGUGCUAUGUUGGCUCUCGAUACGUCUCAGGGCUAUCUACAAAUCCAUACGCUACAGAUUUAGAAUCAUUCGUUGUCUCACCACCAGUCAGAGAUGCGUCCAUGGUUCAGACACUGUUGCUCUACGCGUUGGGACUAGAUGGUGGUGGUGAACAAGUUAAAGCAGUAGAGAUACUGGUCAGAGCCCAACACAUGGCUCUGGACAUUGGCAUGAACACGAGAGAAUACGCACUUGCAAACGGGCAAGGCUCCUCGGUCUGCGAAGAAAGUCUCAGACGUUCAUGGCAUGAGUUGAAUGUCGUAUGUGUGAUGGUAGCUGGUUUUCAUGGGCGAAGAGCUUUCUACUUCCAGGACUGGAAUUCGUUCGUACCCCUACCAUGCGAAGCAAGAUAUUUCGACAUUGGCCUCAUCCCUCCCCUCCAUACUUUCGAAGAAUUCGAAGAGGACAGCUUUACCGACGAUGAUAUUGAAUGGUCUUCCUACACGUAUCGGAUAGCUGCGGCGCGCAAUCUUGAUAGAAUCAUACAAUCAAUAAGCGGUCAUUUUCCCGACAACGUCUCGAUCCACAGACUAGAAGCAUACCUUACAGCUUGGAAACUACAUCUCCCUGAGUCGAAAAGAGACUUCUAUGAUGAGGCAAGUGACUUCGAUGAGAUGCUGUUUCAGGCGCAUAUGAUCACUGAUGUGAGUUCGAUGCUACUUCACCGCCACUACGCGAAACUUGAAGUGCUCGCUGUCCAGACCAUUACUUCUUGCUCCGAACACGUCGAUCUAGCACCAACUGUGGAUAAUAUGCAUACAAUAAAAACGGCUCAAGCAGCGGCAAACGUGAGCCGGCUUGUGGCUCUACCCACACCGUUGAUCAAUCACACGCACUUCUUUGUAUGCGCCUUGACAAUGUCUUCUAUCGUCCAUCUCUCGAUGUGGUCAGCCUUGCCCAUCAUCUCUCCAGAACAAGAGCUGAAGGAGCAGAUUCGAAUGAAUGCCGGCGCAUUGAAAGCUAUUGCUAACGUAUGGCAUUCGGCUCGCAUGGGAUUCGGUCAGGUCACCAAAGCUGGUCAGAUGAUAUACGCGACACGGAAAGACGUUGCUGGAGACGUAUUCUGGCGUGAUUUCAUGCAGGACGAUAUUAUGACUGGGCAUAUCGAGGACGACCCAAUCUCUGAACCACUCCUCUGCCGACCUACUUCUUCUCAACCAUGA